UCGCCCUCUCUUUUUUCCCGUUACAAUGGAGAAGAACACCACCGGAUAGACAUCUUCGAGAUUCCAAAUUAAGAGCACCCUCCCUAAUUUUCCCCUCCCCACUCUCCGGUGAGAACUUCACCCAAGUUGUUGAUAUUCCAUCCUACCUCUGCGAUGAGUGAAAAGUAGUAGAUCGACAUGCUGUCGAAGUGGCUCUUCUUAUGGUCUACUUUGUGUUGCAUUAAUGCUUUGCCUAGUGUCAUACGUUUAGGUGGUCUUUUCGACACCGAUGAAAUUGAACAAGAAUUAUGCUACCAGAUUGCGGUGGACUGGGUGAACGAAGAUAGAACAAUAUUUCCUAAAUCUAUUCUGAAAGCUUAUAAAGAGAUUCACGAACCGGAUAACUGCUUUGAGGCAACGAAGAAAGUCUGCAAGCUGCUGGGUCAUGGUUUGGCUGGAAUUUUCGGACCACAGUCUUCCGUGGCCGCAGCUCACAUUCAGUCCAUCUCGGAUGCACUAGAAGUGCCCCACAUCGAGUCCAGAUGGGAUUACAAGCUCCAGAGAGACGAUUUGUCCAUUAAUUUGCACCCUCGUGCAUCCACAUUAAACCAGGCUUAUAUCGAUGUUGUGCGAAAAUGGGAAUGGAAAGACUUCAUCAUUGUUUAUGAAGAAAAUGAAGGGAUUAUUCGUUUGCAAGAUUUCCUAAAGGAAACCUCCACCCGUAACUGGAAUAUUCAAGUGUACAGGUUCCAACCUGAGCAACCGUACAGAAGUCUGUUCAGGCAGAUAGGGUCAACCUUCUCGAAGCGGCCGGAUCAAGAUAUUUGUAUUAUACUUGAUGUUUCGAGAAAGCACCUUAAAAAUGUUUUGAAACAAGCUCAACAAGUGGAAAUGAUGACAGUCAGGAACAAGUACAUCAUAACGUCACUGGAUCUCCACACAAUAGAUUUAGAAGAUUUCCAAUACAGUCGAGCCAAUAUAACUGGAUUUCGGCUAGUGAAAACCGAAAGUCUCUUAUAUCAACAACUUCUGAAUGAGACCAAUUAUCGGUUGAUGAAUUUGAGAGAAAAUGCUGUGGAUUCGAUUUCUACAGCUUCCGCCCUGAUUCACGACGCCGUGGUGCUUUUUUCGAAGGCACUUCAAGAUCUAGACUACGGCAAACACGUGGAGAGUUUUCCUGCUAUCUCGUGCGACGAUAUCAGAAAAGGCACUGAUGGAACGAGUAUCAUCAAUUACAUGAAAUCAAAUAAAAUAAUAGGAGUUACAGGAUUGGUGAAUUUCGACGUCCAAGGAUUUAGAUCAUCUUUCGACCUCGACAUUUUGCAGCUGUCGAAAGAAGGUCUUAAAAAGAUUGGAGUUAUUUUGCCUGGCAGAUAUUUAAAUAUUACAGACAUGGUUGAACCGGAGGUUACUACCGAAUAUUCUUUGGAACAUCGAAAAUAUGUUAUUACUACUAUACUGAACAAACCUUUUGCCAUGCUCAAGAAUUCUCCGAAGCAGUUGAGCGGGAACGAGAGAUAUGAGGGCUUCACCAUUGACCUCAUUGAAGAACUGUCCAAGGAAUUACACUUUUCCUAUGAAAUACGGGAAGUAGCGGAUAAAAAGUACGGAGUGGAAAUAGACAAACAGAAGGGUGUAUGGAAUGGAAUGGUCGGGGAAGUUCUGUCAGGAGUGGCGGACAUGGCCAUAGCUGAUCUCAGCAUCUCAUCAAAACGAGAGAAGGUGCUCGAUUUCACCUUGCCUUUCAUGAAUACGGGCAUCAGCAUCCUGUUCAAGAAACCGACAGAAAAAGUGAAAUCCCUAUUCUCCUUUUUGUCCCCGUUCUCUGCGGAGGUCUGGUUGUUCGUGAUGGCUGCUUUCCUGGGAGUGAGUUUCAUUCUUUUCCUAGUGGGGAGACUCAGCCCGUACGAGUGGGACAACAUAAACCCAUGCAGACAGGAAGACAAGAUUGAAGAGAACUACUUCACUCUUCUAAACAGCAUGUGGUUUACCAUCGCUUCACUCAUGCAGCAGGGCUGUGAAAUAUCGCCAAGAUCUUCAGCCACCCGAACAGCUGCCGGCAUAUGGUACUUCUUUACUCUAAUCAUGAUUUCUUCGUAUACUGCAAAUUUAGCUGCUUUUCUCACAAUCGAGAAAGUUGUCUAUCCUAUUGAGUCAGCGAAGGACUUGUCACGGCAGACGAAGAUUAAAUAUGGAUGUCUCGCCAGUGGAUCAACCAGAACAUUCUUUGAGAGUUCGUCCAUCGAAGUUUACAAGAAGAUGUGGGCCUUCAUGGAGAAACACCCCGAAGUGCUGAUGGAAAGUAACGAGAGGGGCAAAGAGGAAGUGUACAAAGGGAACUACGCCUACCUGAUGGAAUCGGCCUCCAUCCAGUUUCUAACGGAGAGGGAGUGCAAUCUCACCCAAAUUGGAGGGUUGCUCGAUCAUAAGGGAUAUGGAAUCGCUACAAAGAAAGGCAAUGGGUCAUUGAGCUCGUGGCUAUCCGGAGGUAUCCUAAAACUGCAGGAGGGAGGUAUCUUGCACACCCUGAAAGAACGCUGGUGGAAACAGAAGCGGGGAGGCGGGAAAUGCGUAGAGGCGCCAUCCGGCUCUGUCCGAGAACUGGGUCUUGGGCACGUGGGAGGAGUUUUCGUUGUCUUACUUGUGGGCAUACUGUUAGCAGCCGCUGUCGGUGCUUUGGAAUUUUUAUGGAAAUAUCGAAAGUAUAUGUCAUCUGAGGAAGAUAUUGGCAAGCUAAUGGCAAAAGACCUCAAGUUUGCUUUGACCUGCAGCAAUUCAGUCAAAGAAGUGCACAAGUUCAAAAAGAAAAAGCUUGAGAGUAGCCAGUCAACCAUGGCUGAUGUCAACGACAUAAAGUUUAGUUAUUCUGAUUUUUCCACUAAAGGUUGAUGCAUUGGAAAAGGCUGAAAAUUUUCAUAAUGGGUCCAUACGUUGCAGUAUGAUAAAUGAAAAUACGAAUAUAAUAAAACAUUGUCUUGUGAUAAUGCAAACGUAUUUUUAAAUGUGAACUGUUUAUUUGUAAAAUAUUUUAUGGAGUCUAGUGUGAAAUAUUCGGAUGCUUUCUGGAAUUUUUCUAAAAAUACCACUCAGUAUUAAUAAAGAAUAAAGAAGAAUUAAUUUUA